UUUACCAACUGAAUUUAUUUUUACUGAACUGAAAUUAUUUUUAUUUGAUAUUAUUUUUUUAAGGUGAAGUGAGCGGGGGCUAAGUGAGUAACAAGGACGUAUUAGCCUAAUUUGUUGUGUGCAUUAUAUAUAUAUAUAUUUUUUCCUGGUGUUUAGAGAGCCACAAGGGCGGGUGGUGAGAAUCGAUCAUUUGAACUUUAUUAAAUUAAUAAGCAAAUAAUCUAAUUUAAAUUCUCUUUUUCUAUACACCAACAUAUUUUAUCAAUGGUGUUAGUAACCCAAAUAUAGAGAGCUUAAACUCCCAUUUAAGCCCAAUCUACAAAUUUCUACUCCCACUUAAGUUUGGAAACCAAGCCCACAUACACAUCUAAAAACCCCAAAAACCCUUAAAUUCUUCCCCCUCGUUCACGUCAAUUUAAUCUCACUGCUUCCCCCUCCUUGCUUUAAUUUUCACGAUCAUGAAGAGAAAAAAAAAAAAAAAGAACGCUGCCAUAGCUGCUGCCGCCUACUCAACCACUGCCACCAUUGCUCCCCAUCUAGACCACCCCAGCCGCUUCGCUGCCGGAGAGGACUUUGUAGAGGGCGAUUUCUAGUUCCUAUAGUGGCCAACCAACUCGUUUACUCAAGGUAUGGGUCGUAAAUCUCGUAAUAUUAUAAGCUUGAAAAUGUGGCAUAGAGGGGUGUUUUAGCAGCUUGACAAUGAUGGGUUGUGUUAUAUGAAUGGACAAGGUAGAACGUUUAGUGUAGACCCUGAUUUACUAUGCUCCUUUUAUCUUGUGGAGUUGAUUAUGAAGUGUGCUAGAUAUGAUGGUAGAAUUCAGGGCUUUUUAUACUUAGUUCCUGGACUUAGUAUGGUGGAUGGUUUAAGGAAGGUGACAGAUGAUGAAAGUAUGACGAAAAUGAUACAGGUGGCAGAGAAGCACGGGGGGUGGAGGUAUAUGCUAUGCAUGGUGACAAUGACCCAAUAGCCUUCCCUACUGAACUACAACCUGCUUCCUCAAAACAGACCCAACCCAAAACUGUGAGAUCCAAAAAACUACCAAUAAAGAGGGGACCACCUGUUAGAUCUAGUCCAAGAAAUAAAAGUCAGCCAUUGACUAUUGAUGAACCUUCCCAAAAGCCCUUGACAGCUCACUAAAGCCAAAAAAAGAUACUCCCACUGAAGUUAUUCCCAAUCCACCAACCAUUACCCUAUCUAACCAAAGUACAUGUAGAAUAAAAUAUGUUAUAAACCCUAAUACCAUAUUUGAAAUAUCUCAGCCCACUCCCUCUUCCAUAGCAGCUGCAAACACAGAAAAUGACCCUAUCAACAGUUAUGAGUGGGAAGAUUCAAGGCAUGAUAGCCCUAUCCCCAUUAAUGAUUUGAUACCAGAUUUGAGCAGUGACAGUGACACAGCUGACCCUAGUUACAACCCACAAGUUGACAAAGGAAAAAGAGUUAGUAGCCAGCCUUUUUUUGGAGAAGUGUGUACAGAUGACAGUGGGGAGGAGGAUGUGUUACAUGUAGAGUUUGAUGGUGGUGCUGAUAUAGGUGAAGAGGAUUAUGCUUUUGAGGAGGCAGAGGAAGAGCAUGAGUAGGAGACUGAAGAGAUUUUGAAUGAGGACCUACAAUAUCAGUUUGACAGUGGGGAUGAAGAGUAGAACAUAGCUAGGCAAAGGGUAAGGGAUCCAACUGCCCAGCUUGUUGAUAUUGCAAGGAAAAUCCAAACUGAAGCAGCUAAGGGUGUAAGCAUACAGCAGGAGGUUGGGGAAGCUGCAGCUGGUGAACCUUCUGGCCCCCAGAGUGAUUAUGAACAGAGUGAUGAGGAAAUACAUACCCCACCUAAUAGUGGUGAGGAAGAUUUGAUUCUUGUAAGGAGAAAAAGAUUAGGUCUGUUGGUGUCUAAAGAAACAGAUUUUGCAACUUUUGAGUGGAAAGUUAGGCAGAAAUUUGCAAAUAGAGAGGAUUUCAAGGAUGCUGUAGCAAAGUGUGGAGUGUUGCAGGGUAGAGAUGUGAGUAUUGUUGUGAGUAACAAAAACAGAUCACAGAGGUUAGGUGUCAAAUGCAUAGGAAGCUGCCCAUUCUAUGUGUAUGCUUCCUGGGAUAGUAGGAGAGCUACAAUAAUUGUGAAGACAGUGAAAGGUGUUCACACUUGUCAGAGAAAUAUGAAGAGGAACAGGCAGCUCAAAUUAAGUUUUGUUGCAAAGCAAUAUCUAGAUGUGUUUAAAACCAGGCCACAUUGGCCAGCAAAAGAGAUUAUUGAGUGUGUAAGAAAGGCAUACAGGAUGUUGGUCACCAAAUACUUUGCCUAUACAGUUAAAUACACUGCCCAUAGACUGUUACAUGGGUCAAUGCAUGACCACUACAACAAGCUAGGAGGGUAUUUGAAGGCAAUAGAGGAAUGCAGUCUUGGAACAGAAUUGGAGCUUGUAACUGACACUGAACAACAGGCUUUCCCACCAAUUUUCCAGAGACUGUUCAUAUGUUUUGAAGGUUUGAAACUGGGUGGAUGCAAGGUUGUAGGAAGGUCUUAGCAGUGGAUGCCUGUUUUCUAAAGACCUUUAUGGGGGGUCAAAUGUUAGCUGCUGUUGGCAGGGACAGUAAUGACCAGAUGUUCCCAGUGUGCUAGGCUGUAGUUAAAGGUGAAAACAACUCCAGCUGGGAGUGAUUCUUCAUGAAACUUGCUGCUUGUCUAAAUCUGGAAGAAGGAGAAGGGAUCUCAAUCAUUUCUGAUGAGCAACAGGUAUGAUUCCUAACUUAAUUCUUUAGAUGAGCUAAUUUUAUGUACUUUGCCUAUAAUAGUGGACUAUGCUCAAUUGAAUUCUCUAUUAUUUGUUUUGUAAUUUGACAGAGUAUAGUGCAUAGUGUCUCAACCGUUCUGCCUAAGGCCUAAGGCAGAGCACAGACACUGUGCUAGACACAUAUUUGCUCACUGGCACAAGAAGUAUAAAGGAGAUAAGCUGAAAUUGUUGUUUUGGAGGAUUGCAAAGGCAUAUAAUAUGGCUGAUUACAAUGAAGGACUUGAGAGUUGAAUAUGGAUGCAGCCAAUGACUUCAAAUUGCAUAGGUCUAAAUUAUUCUGCAGAGCUUUUCUGAAUCCUGCAUUAAAGACUGAUGCAAUUACUUCAAACAUAGUAGAGACAUUCAAUGGGUACAUCAUUCAAGCAAGGACCAAUCAUUUGCUCUACAUGUUAGAAGACAUAAGAGCUACUUUGAUGCAGAGAUUGGUGGUGAAAAGGCAAGCUAUGAUGAAAGCCACCUCAAUGCUUUGUCCAAGAAUUCAAGCCAAGUUGGAAGCUGAGAAGGCAAAGGCUGCAGAAUGUGAAGUAACUCCUUCCUCUGAAACCCUUUUCAAUGUUAAUUACGACUUAGAUCAACUAGUGGUGAAUUUGGAAAGUAGGAGCUGUACUUGUAGGAAAUGGGACAUGCUUAGCAUCCCAUGUUGCCAUGCAGUGGCUUCCAUAUAUUUUCUGGGCAAGGAACCAGAGUUGUUUGUGGAUAAAUGCUACUACAGGGACACUUAUUUGUUAGUGUAUGCAGGCUCCAUUCCACCAAUUCAAGGUGAAAAACACUGCCACUAGUGUCUAUGCCUAUUGAUCCUCCACCAAUCAAAAUUGGUCUAGGGAGGCCAAGGAAAAAUCGAAUCAAAGAUCUAUAUGAGAACCCUAAAAAAUCUGGUUCCUUGACAAGAACAGGGAUUGAAAUGACUUGUUCCCUCUACCAAAUAAAAGGGAAUAAUAAAAGAAAGUGCCCUAACAAGGACAAUGUACAACCACCUGAACCUGCUCCAAAAAGGGCAAGAGGGAGGCCUCGCAAGGAUGCUGAACAUACUGCAACUGCAGCUGCACCUCAACCUACACCAACAUCUGUGCAAUCCACUCAGGCUACACCCUCUUCUAAGCAACAAAUUGAUACAACCCACCACUCCCUAACUGCUCAACCUACCAUGCUUGGUAGAGGAGGAAGAACAAUAAUAAUGGGUAGGGGAUUAAGGGGUGGAAGGGGUAGAGGAGGUGCUGCUGGCAAUGCUGAAAGGGGAAGGGGUUCAGAUGUUGCUGGCUCUAGCAGAGGUGCUUCAAGUGGGAACAGGGGAGUAGGAAGGGGCAGGGGUAGUACCAGAGGAAGGAACCGGGUCCCAGAAGGUGUAGGUGUAUACAUUGCAUCAGAUGGAUCUGCAAUGACUAGUACCCAAGCCAAUCAAAGGAGAACAACAUCAGCUAUGGGCUGGUUCCAGUGCAGUCAAGAAAGUCAACGUUCCACCUUACAUCAACCAACUCAAUAGUCAACUAAGUAGUGGCAUGAACAGUGACUCACUUUUGGUGUAAUGAACUAAUUCAGUGUUGGUACCUUGUUUAUGUAAGCUUUUGGGAAUAGUUUUCUGGGCAUGUUGGCUUAUAGAAGCCAAUAUGCAUAUUACAAUGUAAUGGCAUGAACCAUGGCAGGGUUCAUUUUGUGUCUUUUGGACUAAACAUUGUCAACUUAUUAUGUUCAAUAUAACAACUUU